AGCGCUCACAGUGGAACGGUGCGGCCGCUAUAAAGCUGCGCGACAAGUGCGGAUCGCUUCCAGGUGGAGAGACAGACCGGCAGACAGACCGGCAGACAGACAGACAGACCGGCAGACCGACAGACAGACAGCUUCAUUCCGAUACCUUUGAGUUGGAAAUUCCUCAGAUGUUCAGUUUGCCCCUUUGAAUACAUUCCUACAGUCUGUAGGACGUUAAUGUACCAACAUUACAUAUUUUUAUUUAGAUGCUGAUUUUAGCAUUAUGAAUGUAUCACAAUGUCAGCAAGUGGGUCCAAACUGUCUCCUCUUUUAUUAACACAUGAGCUCAAAUUUGUUUGUGCUCAGUGUUGUGUCAAGCAGAAAGAAAUUACAUACACAUUAAAAGCAGUCAACCACCAGUGUGCACGCGAUGUCCUGCUCUGCAAAGCUAAAGGUGGCAGCAAAUGGAGGCCUGUCUCCAGGCGACCCAGCUUUCCAAGUCCUAGUGUAUAUAUGGCUUGUUGGUUCUUUAAGGAGGGCUUUGGUUGCACACAGCACAAGAACCGGUGCACUUUUGCCAGAAGUGACGAGGAAGCUGCUGUGUGGACAUUUGAAAAGAAUCAGGGUUUGGACCACAUGCGUCUCCGUCAUCUAAUGGCUCAGUCCGAGAGACCACCUGAUCAGCCAAGCAAUGCCGAGCCUCUGGGAGACCUCUUAGCAGCUUUAGAUUUGAAGGCUGUAUGUGAUCUGUGCUCUCUCAAGCAGAGGGAAGUAACAUACACAGUUCAGUCAGUUAUACACAAGUGUGGAAGAAAUCUGCUUUUAGCUAAAGACAAAGGCUCUGACCAGUGGAGGCUGAUCAGUGAGCGGCCUGUGGCUAAUCAUAUUGGUCGAAAUGCACUUUACAAAGUGUGUGACUACUUUGUUGAGGACUCCGGAUGUAAGCAACAUACACAGGGUCAGGGUUGCACUUAUGCAAGAACCCAUGAAGAGGCCGCUGUAUGGAACUAUCUUAGAGACAAAAAAAUGGAGAAAGACGAAUUAGUCAAACUUAUAACUGAGUCGAGUACGACAACACCAGAAAGUGCAGCUGAGAGCUUUUUCCAGGAGUUUUCAGGUGAAUUCCUAGAGUUCUGUAAAGCCUGUUUUCACGAAAGUCCACAAAAACUAACAGACAAAAGGUGGAAUGACACUUGUGCAGCAGAUGCAGCACACUCCUGGGACCCUGUCUUAGUUUAUCACCUAUCAGAGAAUGGCAGGAAGCACAUCUACCAGCAGGUGCGUCCUCUUCCCCAAAACUGUCAGUUUAAGUACUGUAGUCACGUCAAGCAAGGCAAGCCCUGCUGGCACAACGCCGGGCACUGCCGUGCUGCCCAGAGCGAGGUGGAGAUGGCCGUGUGGAAAAUGGAGCACAGCGGGCUCGCCGUUCAGCCCCAUCUGCUUCAGCUGAGCCGGCAGAAGCAGACUCAUUCCAGACAGGUCACCAUGUACUGCAAAGUUUGCUGCCUGGCCCUGUCCUCCCCACAGAGCUUCUACAAGCACUGCUCCUCCCUCGAGCACGCCCAGUUACUCUCCGAGGACACCACCACCAAGUGGAAAAAAAGACAGCCUCCACACAACCGGCGGGCUGAGCUUUGGCUGUGUCCCAGACCACAAACAUGUGAGUAUGGCGAGAAGUGCCCAAACGCUCAUUCUCAGGAAGAACUGCAGGAGUGGUUAAUGCGUGCUGUGGAAGAGAAGGAGAUCAGACAGAACAUUGAAGCCCAGGGCCUCAUGUGCUACAAUGAAAGGCUCUUGGAGGAAUACAAAAACAGCAGUAAUGAAGUCUACAUUAUAUCGGAACAAGUUGACGAUGUCAAAAUCUCCUGUGACAAAGAUUUGAUCGUGGAGUGUGAAAACCUCAACGCAACACUGAAAUGGACCUUCGAAGUUGAGACAGAGAGACAGCUUGAGCAUGUGGCGCUGCUGAAGCAAGAACCAGGAGCAUCGUUCACUCUUGGUGACGCCAGUUCUGUGCCCUGCAUCUACUCCUCGGGUGAACAUUUUCUCAGUGAAGACAUGACCUAUGAAAUUACUGUGUCUUUCACAUCCAUCAACCCAGGCCUGUAUGAACAGUGGCUAGUACUAGAUUUUGGCAUGAGACCAGUGCUCUUGAAGAAACUCAAAGUAAGAGUCGGCCAACUGUCAUUGGAUGACAGUGAACAACCAAGUGUGAUCAAUGGACCCACCUUUCAAAGUGCUGAGCGCUGGCACAGAGGGAACAGGGUUAUCAUCCCAUGUUCAUCCAGGACAGAAGAACAGGAGGAGCUGUUGAAGGAGUACAAGCCUCCACAGAUUAGCUUUCUCUAUAAAUCCUCCCACAAUAGCCAAUCACCUCUGAGUAGUGAGAACUACAGAGAAAGAAUGCACCAGUUUCUGUACAAUGAGGAACGAGCAGAGGACCAGGUUGUUUCAAGACUAAAUUUUUGUGGAGAAGUUAGAACACUGGAUACGCUAUUCAGUGCACUGUCUGGCAUGACGAUGGCUCCUCAUGGACAACUGUUCUGCGCUGUCUCGAUUCCAUGUAAUCUCACACUCGACAGCCCUGAAGGACAGGUACUAAAACGAAGCAUUGUAUCUGCGCUGAUAGCCCCUUUGCCUUCACGUCAUCCAAACUCCAAGGUCUAUGAAGCCAGCAUUGUGCCACACAAAACAACCGAGAACAAAAUUCAUUUGCAACUGUCUAAACAAUGUUGCGCUGAUCUUGCACUCAGAAGCAAUGAAUCGUAUCAACUGGAGGUGCAGUUUCAGCUUGACCGUCACAGCUUCUGUUCCUUGCACAAGGCUGUGGACCUCCUUCCUGAUACAAGCAGAGUGCUGCCAGUCUUGAAGAACUGUGGCGUUCCUGUCAGUAAAGCCACUUAUGAGAACCUGAACCCAAAGCAGCAGUCAGCAAUUAACUUUAUCACAGGGAAUUCUGAUACCAACAUGUUUGUGGCACCACUCCUCAUUUAUGGACCAUUUGGAACUGGGAAAACGUUCACCCUUGCUACAGCAGCAAGAGAGCUUUGCAAGCACCCUCGAAACAAAGUGCUAAUUUGCACCCAUACCAACAGUUCUGCAGAUCUGUAUGUCAGAGAUCACUUCCAUCCAUUCAUGGGCAAGAAAAAUGAUGGAAUGAGUCCAAUUCGAAUAAAAGCAAACAAACAUGGGAGUGCUUUGGCUGCUACAGAUAACAUUACUCUGAAAUACUGUCUUCUUUCAGAAGAUAAACAGUAUUUUCUGCCACCUACAAAAGCUGCCAUAGAUCACCACAACAUAGUCAUAACUACCACAUCAAUGGCAAGACAUUUUCAUGACCUAAAGCUUGGAGCGGGAUACUUCACCCACAUUCUAAUUGAUGAAGCCUCUCAAAUGCUAGAAUGUGAAGCUUUGAUGGCCCUUGCUCUUGCUGGGCCAAACACCAGAGUUGUUUUGGCUGGAGAUCACAUGCAAAUGGGACCCAAGCUUUUCUCAGUGGAUGAUCACCACCGUUCAAAUCACACACUGCUGACUCGCUUGUUCCACUACUACCAAGACCAAAAGUGUGACACUGCCCAGAAAAGUAGAAUCAUUUUCAGUGAAAACUACCGCUCAACAAAAGAAAUUGUGGAGUUUGUGUCCUCUCAUUUCUACGUUGGGAAAAAUGAUGUCAUCAAAGUUGCUGGAAAUAUUCCAGCUCCUGCAAAUGGCCAUGCCCUAAAGUUUCACCAUGUUAGGGGAGAGUGCCUCGUGGACACUAUGUCUAAGUCUUGGUAUAACAACCAUGAGGUUACCAAAGUGGUUGAAGCGGUGACAGACAUUCUCAAACACUGGCCACCAACCUGGGGGUCCAAGGACCAAAGCUCAAUCUGUGUCCUAUCAGAGGGAUCUCAGGUUUGGAAAAUAAGGAACGCACUUUCGAAAAGAAACCUUGCCAAAGUCCACGUUGAAAAUCUUUCAAAUGUGCAAGGCAGACAGUUCAGGGCAGUCAUAAUGACAGCUGUGCAUACACGUGACAGCCUAAAAACGUCUCAACUGCAUGGUCUGGAGCUGUUUAAUGAUGCCCGUGUGUUAAACACUGCAAUGACUAGAGCUCAGUCUGAGGUGGUUGUAGUUGGAGAUGCUGCCGCCCUCUGUUGCUUUGGGAAGUGCUCAGGAAUAUGGAAAAGCUUCAUAGACCACUGCAUCAGCAACAGCAAUGUUACACCACAGCAUUUCACCAAAGAUUUCUUUGAAAAAGAUGUUGUGGAAACUGCAAGGUUCCAAAAAUUUGAACAUGAGGAUGAGAACAACAUUCUGAGUGAUGCAAUUCUCCAAGAGUUGAAAAAUGAAUAUGAACAACUGGAAACAGAAUUUAGUUCAGAUGAAGACAGUUUGGAAUUGGAGGACUUGAAUCACUGCAAGUCAAGACCAUCAUUCAGUAUCACUGGUGACACACAUCUUUUGGAGUUAUGUGUAAAACACCCAGAGAUUUUCAAGCGAGGAAAGUUUGUUAGGGAGGCACUGUACAGAGGUUAUGUCGUGCCAUUUCAAAACCCUACCAGACGUAUAAGCAUUCAAGGAAGGGCGAACCUGGGCAAUGCCUUCACUGGAGAUGAAGUGGUCGUACAAACAGCAAAGGGAGAAGAAGCGGCAAAGGUGGUUGACAUUACCAAGAAAGAUGAAUCCGCCCGUGAACUUGUGUGCCUGCUUGAGGAUGAAGACUACAGCAAACGAAGGCAAAAUAGCCAAGACGAUUUUAUCAGAAGGACAAUGAUACCUAUUAGAAAAAGUUCACCCAAAAUACAGUUACUGAUCCGUAAAAGCAAACGCAACUUCAUUCCAGUAUGGGAGCAAAUUGAUGGGAGCUGGACAAUUGCAAGAUUUCAGCAUCUAAAGGAAAGCAGAAACAAUGUAUUUGUGGUGCGAGUGAUUGGAUGGAAGGAGCGUUGUUUGUAUCCCUUGGGAAAUGUCACACAUAUUUUCCCCAAAGUUGAAUCUGUGAGUGAUAGUCUGUGGCUGCUGAAAGAAGAACUUAAAGUUGCAGCUACUACACGUGAAAACUACGAAGGUUUCUCCUUAGCAGAUAAAGGUAGUGCAGCCAAACAGGGUAGACGAAAAGCAGUAAAGGCAAUCACUUUCACUGUUGAUCCAGCAGGAGCAAAAGAUUUGGAUGAUGCCAUCAGUGUCAGGGAUGUUGGUGACCAUUAUGAGUUGGGAGUCCAUAUAGCAGAUGUGGCAAGCUUUGUGAGUCCAGGUUGUGAAUUAGAUGAGUACGCAAAAGAUCGUGGCAUCACAUACUACAGCAGAUGUGAAGACCCUAUUCAUAUGUUCCCCAAACAGCUGAGCACUGGACGCUUCAGUCUUCUGUCAGGCCAAGAUCGCAGAGUGGUCUCACUGAUGUUCGAAGUAGAAAAGGAAACACACAAGAUAAUCGGAGAGCCCACAUUUCAACUUUCUCUGAUCAACUCUGACAGGCAGUUGUCAUAUGAAAAAGCAGAAAAGAUCAUCUCCGAAAGGUAUAAGGAGAGCCCCAAAUUUGAUACAGUGGAGGACUGUGUCACAGUAGCUUACUGUUUUGCUAAAGCUCAGAGGAAGAUUAGACUUGUAGAUUGGGCUUAUUCACAGUCUGACGAUGACAGGGUGCCUGGGAAACGCAAAGCCCAUCUGAUGAUUGAAGAGCUGAGUGUGUUAUUUAACCAUCAUGCAUCUAAAACGUUGAGCAGUUUUGAGAAAACCAGGCAUUGCACACCCCUCCGCUGUCAGGAAAAACCAGAUCCUGACAAGGUAGAAGAGUUCACAGAGAAAUUUGGACCAUUAAUACCAUUGUCUUUUCAUGUGAGGCACAGACUUGACAAUAACAAACAAACCCCAAGCUGUGAAAACUUCCGUAUACUCACAGAAGUGUGGAACGAUAUCCAGUCAGCUGCCAGAACAGAUGAUACAGACAAAAUGGUGGACCUGGUUGCUGCAGAUGACAUACACCCCCUGCUCCGGGCAGUCACUGAUCAUUUCAGAAAGUGCUCUGGUAAAGCGUAUGCCAUCUGCUCACACUCCUCUCCUGCAGCAGAGGUUGGUCAUUAUUCUCUGCAGUUAGCAUCUUACACACAAGCAUCUUCACCGAUACGGCGGUACAUGGAUAUCGUCUUGCAGAGACUUUUGCACUCUUUCAUAUGUGAAAGCGAUGUCCAGUACACUCAGAGAGAUAUUACCGCUUUGUGCAGCCAAUUUGAGCAGCACCUCAAGAAUGCGAAGGAGUAUGAACAAAAGGCUGAGCAGAUCUUCUAUGCAGUGAGCAUGAAAAAACAAAGUGCCUCAAAGUUCGCCUUUGUUGUUCGUAUGGAUCCUGAAGGAGAAAGCUUUGCAGUGUCAUUUCCUUUCAACAGGAACAUACUUGCUGGGAGUUUAUCAAUAAUGUACAAAGAUUUACAGUUAGACGACCAACCACUAUAUGAUGAAGAAAAUCACAGCAUCACUCUUCAAUGGAAAAGGAGGAUCUACGCAGCUGAUGCCAUGCAAAUACACCAGGAGUUGACAAUGAUGCCGGACUGUGGUCCCUGUGUUGAGCUUCCAUUGACAGUGUGGAAAGCUACCGCUGAGGCGAUUGACAAAGGAAAUAUGGAUCGUGCUAAGUCUCUCAUAAUGAAUGCCAACAUCAAGCAACUGGAAAAACCAACUGUUCUGCCACAGUCCUCCAACAUUCCUCAUUCUCAAACUAACACAUGCACUCCUGACGAGCACGAGGUACCAGAGUUAGACAGUGAGCAUUGGGUUGACAUCCACCUCCAGCUGCAGCUCGGGGAGACCCUUAAGGUUCAAAUGACAUCAGAGAUCAGACGAGGUCAUCACAUGCCCACUGUUCAAUUGGUGCACAUUAAGCCAAAGUUCGAGAUCUGCGUGGACCAUGUCCGCAGCUCUACCACAUGCUUCACUGGAUCUGCACAUGAGCCAUCAAAAGUUCAUUAUCGGGACACCAGGGAUUACGUGCGAAUCUGGAAACCGUUGUGUGAGGUGGAAUCUGCUACCACUGCAGUGAAUGAAAGUGACAGCAUUAUCAUUGAGAACCUGGUAGUAAACUUUAAACAAGAGCAGGAAGGCAUACUAACAGGAAGUUUCUUUUUACCUGUGGAAUGGAUCAAAAAAUGGGCCAUUGAAUGUAACCUCGCAAAGUGCUUACUGUGCAUACGAAAAAGAGGUCUGAGAUUGACCUCAGCUCCAGAACAUUCAGCACCAGGUGACCCUAAAGAGUUCACAUGGGUUGCCCACAGUGUCACAAGCAAUGUAGAGGAAAGAAAAAAUGACGGAAGCAAAGUGGAGUUCUACGUCAAUCACCUGCCAAUGGAGGCGAAUGCUGAUUGUGUUUUUCAGAAAAACACCCGUUUCACAGUUGAAAUCAUUCCGAAGCUCCUGCCAGGCAUUCGAGCAGAAACUGCUGUUGCCAGCCUAGGAACAGCAUGUGAUCUUGUUCAGAGAAUAGCACUUGGACAACGUAUUCCAAAAGACGUAGUACAAUGCAGUGUGCUAAAAGGGCAAAUCGUGAGAAAAGAGCUACCAGAUGGACUGCCAAAGCUGAAUGACAGUCAAUAUCUUGCUGUGGAGGCUGCUUUAAACAAUACCUUCACACUUAUACAGGGACCGCCAGGAACUGGAAAGACAGUGGUUGGCGUGUACAUAGUCAACUGGUUUGUUGAGCUGAACGCUAAGCACCCAAGGAAAUUUGCUGACCCAAAGGACAAGGACAAAAAAGAAGUCAUUCUCUACUGCGGCCCAUCCAACAAGUCUGUUGAUGUUGUGGCAGAGUACCUGAUGAGGUUCACCGACAGCCUGAAACCCCUUAGGGUCUACAGCCAACAAGUGGAGAUGGUUGAUUACCCUUAUCCAGACAGCAACCUUCAGUUUUCUCAAAGGACCCUCCGCCAAGAUCGUUCCAAACCAGAGCUCAGGAGCAUCACUCUGCAUCACCGCAUGCGAGAGCACCCAAACCCUUUUGCAGAAGCAAUAAAAGCAUUUGACAAGCGCAUUCAAAUCAGAGAGAAGUUGACUGCUGAGGAGGUGAAGGAAUACAAAAAGGUUCUGAGAGAUGCUCGGGUAUAUGAGCUGGAACGGCACGACAUCAUACUGUGCACAUGUACACAGUCCUCCACCCCAAGCUUGCCUAAGACAGUCAGCGCCCGUCAGAUCCUUAUUGAUGAAUGUGCGAUGGCCACUGAACCUCAGGCACUGAUUCCAUUAGUCUGCAACAAACCAGAAAAGAUUGUUUUGAUUGGUGACCACAAACAGCUACGACCCAUUGUGAUGAAUCAGCAUGCAAAGAAGCUUGGGAUGACUAAGUCUCUGUUUGAACGCUACUAUGCAAUCCAUGAGAAACGGGCAGUGAUGCUGGAUACCCAAUACAGAAUGCAUCAGGACAUAUGUGAGUUCCCAUCCAAAGAAUUUUAUGAAGGAAAGUUGAAAACUGGGGUGGAGCAGCCGAGCAGUGUCCUGCGUGUUGACGACAGGGUGAUGCCAAUUGUUUUUGGGCACGUUAAAGGAGAGACCGCCUGUCUGGUUAUCAAGACUUCCAAGGGCAACAGCAACUCCAAAGCAAAUCGGGAAGAGAGAGACAAAGUGAUUGAGAUUGCCAAAAUGCUGGUGAAGAAGGCCAAAGUUGACCAGAAAAGCAUUGUGAUUCUGUCACCCUAUAAUGCCCAAGUAUCAGAAAUCAGAGAUGAGCUGAAUAAGGCGAAAUUGCACGAAAUCACAGCAACCACGAUCACAAAAAGCCAAGGAAGUGAAUGGCGCUACGUCAUUAUAUCUACAGUGUGCUCCCUUCCAAGUGAAGAGAUUGUGAGUGACCCAGAUGGAGCAUGGUUGUCCAAACAUCUGGGCUUUGUAGGGGAUCCCAACCAGAUCAACGUGGCAAUCACCAGGGCCAAGGAGGGACUGUGCAUUAUAGGAAACCAAAAGUUGCUCAGGUGUAAUCGAACAUGGCAACAUCUCCUGGACCGCUACAAGCUUCACAGUGCAGUGACAAAGGCAGACAAGAUUUCAGUUCACUGUGGCAGCAGCUGAUUCCGCUGCCUUUUGUUCGAGCAGCACAUCAGCGCUCCUGUACUGAUGACACUACUGACAACAGCACAAUGUCUUGAAACAUGUAUGUUUUUGUUGUUAUUGUAGUAGUUAUAUUCUGAGUAUGUAUUUCACAGCACUAUUUUUUGUAUUCUGAUGUACAUAUUCUCUUCUCUUUAAAAUGUAUUUGUUCUUUUUUUUGUAUCACACAUUCCUAAUCUUAACUUUGGGCAGCUGACAGAACACUGAGUUUAGCUUUUGCUAUCAGGGUCUUUUUAAUCAAUUGUUAGCUACAGUGGAAUAAUUUAGAAUUAAUAUUGUAUGAAAUUGCCUCCAGUGAGCCAUUUGUUCCUGUCUAUAAAUGAAGACAGCUGCCUCAGUCAUUGUUUUCUAGAAAUGAUAUCACAUAAUGUUGUUCUUGGUAACUUUUAUUGUUGUUUGUUCAGGGAUCAGCUUUAUUUGAAUUUUCUUUAUUGUGAAAAGUUUUUAUUGUUUGUGUCAUUU